GGCAAACUGCCUCUGACUUAGAAAAGAGCUGUCCGCAAGGUCUCUCUUCCCAGACAAGAAGUCUAUUAUAUCAGUCUUGCCAGCGACUGCAAUUCACUUGCGACUGCUCCAGGUGUUUGUUGGGUGCUCUUCUCUUUCCAGGAUUUUUUUAAAAAGUAUAUUGUUAUCAUUAUUAUUUUGGUGAAAGGAGGAGGUGAGCCAAUUUGCGGCAGCAGCAGGAGGAGGCGGGGCUGAACCCUGCCAAGGUGGAGCCGCAUCUGGCGUUGAAGACACUGGCAGCUUAAAGCGCGCAGAUGGGGAAGGGCUGGGAAGCUUAAGCCGGAGCCAAGGAGGCUCCCGAUUGACGCCGACCUCCCCAGCCUCUGGCGCUCGGGUGGAAAGGCAAGAACCAGCCGGGGAAAGUCUUCCCGGUUUCCAGGCAGCCCCCGUUUCUUGCAAAGAGCUCCGGCUCUUCUGGAGCGUCCCCAAGCGAGCCGAGCAGCUGCUUUCUCGACGGCUCCGCAGCGCUUCGAGCUCGCAAACGGUUAACGUCCAUGCCCCGAGUCAGCCGAGCGGCGGAGGCUGCCGUGCAUGCUAAUUGAGCCGCACCGGGGGAUCGCAGGAUGGUGGCGCCGGCCGGCGCGCUCCCGCAGCCUUCUCGGUGAGCAGCAGCCCGGCCGGAGUCUUCGCCCCGAUGGGGCUGCCCUGCUGCUCCUGAGCUCGGAUCUGGCACUCACCCAGGGGGGCAACGGAAAGGGGCCGAGGCCGGGAGGGCGCCGCCGAACAAGGGAGCGGCUUGUCUUCCGAGGAGCAGCUGCCGGGAAAGGGGGCGUCGCGGAGGUCGCCGCUGGUGCAGAAGCUGCUGGAUGACCAUGAAGCUCUGGAUCGUUCUGUUCUGUUUGACGGGAAUCGCCUGCGAUAUACUGCAAUCUGAACUGCAAUCUGAACUGGCUUUACCUUCAGCCAUUGGCUCUUGUGAAAUGUUGUGUUCAUGUGAGGAAAAGGAUGGCAUCUUUAUAAUAAACUGUGAAGAAAGAGGCAUCAAGGAGUUAUCUCAAGUACAAGUUCCACCAUCCCGGCCUUUCCACCUUAGUCUUCUAAACAAUGGCUUGACCAUGUUGCACCUGAAUGAUUUCUCCAGCUUUAUCAAUGCUCUCUCGCUUCACCUUGGAUUUAAUAAUAUUGUAGACAUCGAACCUGGAGCUUUUAAUGGGUUAAGCCACCUUAAACAACUUCAUAUCAAUCACAACUCUAUAGAGAUACUGAAAGAGGAUACAUUUCAUGGGCUGGAAAACUUGGAAUUCCUGCAAGCGGACAACAAUUUCAUCACAAUCAUUGAACCGAGUGCCUUCAGCAAGCUCAACAGGCUUAAGGUGCUCAUUUUAAAUGAUAAUGCCAUUGAGUUUCUCCCUCCAAACAUAUUCCGCUUUGUGCCAUUAACUCACCUGGAUCUACGAGGGAACCAGCUGCAGACUUUGCCCUAUGUUGGCUUCUUAGAACAUAUUGGUAGAAUUCUAGACCUUCAGCUGGAAGACAACAAAUGGGUCUGUAAUUGCGACCUCUUAGAGUUGAAGGUUUGGCUAGAAAACAUGCCUCCCCAGUCUAUCAUAGGUGAUGUUCUCUGCCACAGCCCUCCCAUUCUGAAAGGUAACAUUUUAAGCCGAUUAAAAAAAGAAUUGCUUUGCCCCGCACGCCCUACUAAUGAGCUUGACUCUCCUUCAGGGUCGUUGCCCUUGGUGGUUACCACCUCAGUUAGUGAAAGUCACUUCUCUACCAAGGUAAUACCUAUUCUUAAAGCUCCCACCAAGGAAUCCAGUUUAAUCCUUUCUGCCACAAAGCCAGCUACUCUGCUUCCUGGGAUCUAUUGCCCUGUUCCCUGUCAAUGUACCAACCACCUUCUCGCAGGGGUUUUAAUGCAGUGUCAAGAACAGAACAUUGAAAGCUUGUCAGAUUUAGGACCUCCUCCUCCAAAUCCUAAAAAGCUUAUUCUAUUAGGGAAUAUUAUCCAGACCUUACUAAAAUCAGACCUUGUGGAUUAUGGGAGUCUAGAAAUUCUUCAUUUGGGAAACAAUCGCCUUGAAAUCCUAGAAGAAAAAUCCUUCCUAAAUCUCACCAAGUUGCAAAAAUUAUAUCUCAAUGGCAAUCAUCUCACAAAGCUAAAUCACAAUUUGUUUUUGGGCCUGCAGCGACUUGAGUAUUUGUAUCUUGAAUACAACGCCAUCAAGGAGAUUGCACCAGGGACAUUUAAUCCAAUGCCUAAACUGAAAGUCCUCUGUUUAAACAAUAACCUUCUUCAGACUUUGCCACCCCAUAUUUUUUCCGGAGUUCCUCUAACCAGGCUAAAUCUGAAAACCAACCAAUUUGUGCAUUUGCCUGUAGGGAAUGUCUUGGAUGAUCUGGAUCUCCUGGUACAAAUUGAGCUGGAAGACAACCCAUGGGAUUGUAGUUGCAACUCAGUUGGAUUGCAGCAGUGGAUUCAAAAGCUGAACAAAAAUACAAUGACGGGUGAAGUUUUCUGUACAUCCCCAAGGCAUCUUGCUAAAAAAGAACUGAGAUCUCUGAACAGUGACAUCUUAUGUCCUGACUUAAUAAACAGCCCACCCCUCCCAACCCAUGCCAGUUUCAUAAUAGUUACCACAGCAUCUACCACCACUAACACAGCGGGCACACUUCUGAGAUCGCUGACAGAUGCCGUCCCUCUCUCAGUUUUAAUCCUGGGGCUCUUUGUUGUGUUGAUAACCAUCAUUUUCUGUGCGGCAGGUAUUGUCGUUCUUGUUUUACACCGGCGGAGAAGGUACAAGAAGAAGCAAGCAGAUGAGCAGAUGCGGGACAACAGCCCAGUGCAGCUUCAGUACAGCAUGUAUGGUCACAAGACAACCCACCACACCAGUGAACACCCAGCCACAACUUUGUAUGAACAGCGCAUGAUCAGCCCCAUGGUUCAAGUGUAUCGAAGUCCAUCCUUCAGUCCCAAAUGUGCAGAUCAUCAUAAGGAAGAGCAGAGGGAGAAGGACAUGAACAAUUCUAAACACCUCCGCAGGGGGCUUUUAGAAAAGGAACACUCCUCCUCCCUCACAGGGUCAAAUGUCAAAUUCAAAGCUACAGACCAAUCACCGGAAUUCCUUUCUUUCCAGGAUGCGAGCACUUUGUACAGAAACAUUCUUGAAAAGGAAAGAGAAUUCCAGCAACUCGGGAUAACGGAGUAUCUACGUAAAAACAUUGCCCAGCUACAUCCUGAUAUGGAAGUCCGUUAUCCAGGAGCUCAUGAAGAGCUAAAACUGAUGGAGACGCUCAUGUACUCUAGGCCCAGAAAGGUUUUGUUAGAACAGACUAAAAAUGAGUAUUUUGAGCUCAAAGCCAACCUGCAUGCUGAACCAGAUUACCUGGAGGUUUUGGAACAGCAAACAUAAUUUUUAAAAACUUUGGAGGAGGGGAGGGAUAAAAGCAUAAACUCUUAAUUCUAUCGUAAUUUGGAACUGUGUAAAUAAAAGUGCCUUAUAAUAAUGUGUAACCAAUCAGAACUCUAAGCACAGCAGUAAUCCUAGUGGGAAAAAAAGAUAAACUCUCAGGGAUAACUGUGUGAAGCCAUGGGAAAGGUUGCCGGCAAAAUGUCUCUCCCCUACAUUAAAUGUAAACUUUGUGUUACUGGACACUGAGAAAGUUCAGUCUGCCAUAUUCUUCUAGACCAUGCAUGGCAGUCCUUCAUUACGUCCCUCAAAACAAAGAUAAAACACUCUUCCCUUCUAUACUCUUCUUUCUUCAUUCCACUGCAAACUCUCUGUGCACCUCUUUACCUAGUUAUACAUGGUUGGUGUACAAUUGGUUAGGAUUAGGAAUUAGUCCACAUCUAUUAACAUUGUCUACAAAUGCUAGAUGACAUUCCCACAUCCUAAAUAAAAGAGAAUAUAUAUGUUUUUAAUUAUAUUUAAUUGUCUGUAUCUGGGGUUGCCAGUAUUCAAGCAUCUUAUCUCUGGAAAAUCAUGGGUCAGAAAAUCUUGUAAAAGAAUACACGGAUGGGGGAGGGGAGAGGUGUAUCCACAUUUUAUCCAGCAAUUUUAAAAGACAUAAAACCUUUCUCUGCCUGGCAAUUUUAGUCAUAUUUGGGACAAUCUUUGGUAUAAUGCUGCUAUUGACUCCUGUGCGCCAUUGGUUUGAUCCUUCAACGUGGGAAAUUUGGGAAGCUACUGAGAAUUUCUUGUAAAUAUGUUAGUAAAGCAAUGAACUGGGAGAUUUGUAUUUAUAUUAUCGACUUCUGUUUUGAUUGUGUAUACUCCAGAGAAAACAUUAGUCCACCGUGGCCAGUAAAUUUCUCGUGCGAACCAGACGAAAAUACCCUAAGUAAUGAGAAGUUAUUUGUGCAUUUGUAAAUAAUUUGCCAGGAUUAUGCAACAAAUAGCACUUACCAGUGAAGAAAAUGUUACAUUUGCAAUGUGACUGCCACAGAGACUUGCUAUCAGCUACAAGUUCUCUGUGGAAACUCAGUUUGUAAAUGUGUUAGGCUCCAAUUUGGUUUGGGAUUGUGUCAUGUGGGAGAGAAGGGGUUCCUGACUCCUCUUUGAGCCAAUAUGGCACCAGAGUGGUCUUGUGGGCACUAUUUGACUAGGUGGCCACUACAUAUGCAGUUCAUCACUGCACAUGUAUCUGCCAACAAGAGCAAUAUCUCCUCCCAGAGCCAUACUGGAUUGGGAAAACUGCUUAGGGAGGAGGCAAGAGUCAUUCUCCUUGUGUACCAUGGUACCAUUCUGAACUGGGGUAACAUGCAGCUGAGAACUGAGUUCCCAUUUGCCUGUAAGUCUCCAUGGUUGUCACACAUCAGACAUAGGUGAUAAGUCUGGUUUAAACAUCACAGACAUGUAAACUCUGCCCCCCCCCCAAAAAAAACCUCCCACAAUUUCCUCAUGGGUGAUUCCAUGUGACUAGUAUCUGAUGUGAAUUAAGCAUUAGCACACACCAGAGUUCUGUGACCAGGGGCUUUGUGCCAGGGACUCUGUUGAAAAAUGAUGAAAUUCCAAACAGUAGAAAACACAAUUUAAGGUAUUUUGUUUUAUUAUUGGAUUCCUGGCUGAGGGGGCAAAUUACAAUAGAGUUAAAAACAUAACCAGUAACAGAAACUAAUUGAAACCUCGUAUUUAAAAUCACCUCACAUUUAAUGGUGCACAGUUCAUUCCAACCUGGCCUAAAAAUCACUUCCAUUUCCUAUCCUAACCAGAAUUUUUCUUAAUUUAUCAGGAGGGGGGAAAAGAGGGGGGGGGGUGCUAGUUGGUAGUGCACACAAUACCCAACAUUAUGUUCAACUCUGGUCUUUGACACAGUUCAGUCUGCGAGCCCAGCCUGCAUAUUUGGAAGCAAGUUCCCUGAGAACUAUUUUAAACCUAAUGUGGCACCAAACCUGUGUUUACCACCAACUACAGGGAACUACAGUGAAUUGCAGCUCUCAGAUAGUGUAGCAGGCAGAUGCAUCGUUUUCAGAUUCCUGUGCAUUGGCCCUUUUGAUGCACACAUUAAAAUGUUUGGGUAUAUUCUUAGUUAGCAGCCCUAUAGAUGUUCUGCAGAAAACAAUGGGAUGCAUUUAGAAAAAGAAGGUACGGUUCAGGGUGGUGUGAAUCACGGCAGCUUUAUUUUACUACAAAGCCUAGUUAGAUUUAUAUGAAUUAUUUAUUCUGUACAGUUUGUAACUUUUUUUUUAGUUCACAAUGAUCAUAAUUAUACUUCUCGGGUGCCUUUCAAGGAAAUCAAAGAACUUCUCACUAUAAAUAAAGAGAUGACAAUAAA